AUAGGGAAAAAUAAAAUAAAUGUUGAUGAAAUAGAAUUCAGGUGUAAUCAAUUUCAUCAAUUCUUUAAUUAUUUUAAGAAAACUAAGAUAUAGAAAACGGAAAUGGCCUUUAGUGAAGUUUGUAGAAUUUGUUUAAGCGUUAAUAUAUGCAUGUUUGUGCUAAAGAAGACUGGCCUUCAAAAUUUGUAUAAGACAUUGACGAACAGUUUUAUGGAUGAGAAUGAGGAUCCCAUAAUUGUCUGUUUGACCUGUCAUGCAAGACUCAUUCGUUGCAGAAGAUUACAACAACAGGCUAUUGACUCAAAUGCAGUUCUGAAGCAGUUGCUUGCAGGAGGAUCCAUGGUAUUAUCCAUUCCAUCCAUUAAAAGAAAGGAGAAUGUUUUUUCUAGUGCAAAGUUAAGUUUGUCCUUCAAUCCAACUUAGUUUUUUGUUAGGUAGAGCAAUAUUCUAUAUUUUAUAAAUAGUGUCCGACCGAAACCGAAAAUGAACCUUCGGUCUGGGUGUCAUGUAAUUUUUUUUUAUUGUAUACUGAAAUCUGGUAUAUUUUAUGCAUAUACAGAUAGCUAAUGCAUGUUAAUGAAAAACAGUAAUUGUAAUUGUCAUGUAGCAAUAUAUUUAUUAAUUUUAAAGUAAUAAUCAACAAUUUGAAGUUAAUAAAUAAUUUUUUAAGUCAAUUUUGUAAAAAAAUCCACACUUAUUACAUGGUAGAACCAUGCUGCAGCUAUAUUAGUAGUAUAGUUGUAGCACAAAUGGGUUGGCUCCACUGGGGAAGGACCACGCUCUCACAGAAUACUAGCGUAAAUAGCAGCUUAACACUGCUGUGUUUCGUAUGGUGCGUGUAGAGAACUGGAAACCUUUUUUACUGGAAAAAGGGCAUUCCAUAUUAGUCCUCACGGGUGACAACGCAUCUGCAUUUUGAUUCUUUUUUGAGGAUAGAUGUGGAUGUCUAUAGGUCACAGCAACCACUUACCAUCAGGUGGACUGUGUGCUCGUUUGUCACCUUAUCCUAUAUUUAAAAAAAACUUACAUCCACAAAAAGUUACUUGCUAAUUGAGAAUAUAUUUUAUUGGGUUCACAAUAUUGUAUCUUUUCAAAAUUGUAUCCAUUUACAUCAAUACAUUGCUGCAUCCGAUGGAACCAAUGAGAAAAGCACUUUGCCCACUCGUCCUUAGGGGUCUCUUCGACGGCAUUUUGAAACGCAGCCACUGCUUCCUCGGCGUCCAUUAAACGUUUUCCUCGAAGUUUUUCUUUUAUUUUCGGAAAUAAAUAAAAAUCGCAAGGUGCGAGAUCGGGUCUAUAAGGCGGGUGACCUAAUAUUUCUACGUCUGACUUUGUCAAAUAAUCUAUUGAAAGGAGGAUCUUACUGCGAGGUCGUUUUUGCCGAACUUUUUCCAAGACAAGUGGCAAACAAUUGUUAGUGUAUAACUCUGCAGUAACUGUUUUUCGAUCGUCUAAAACAAUUGUUGCGUAUUGACCUGUCCUUCCGAAGAACAAGGCCACCAUCUUCUUUCCCACGCUUCGACCUCUCUUUAAUUUAGUUGAAAACUCCUCGGAAGGAAACACCCAGGCAGCAGACUGUCUCUUAGUUUCAGGAUCAUAACAAUAAAUGCAGCUUUCGUCACCCGUAAGUAAGUCGAACACAGCAUUUGAGUCACCUCCGUUAAAUCUUUGAACCAUUUCACGACACCAAUCAACACGACGGAGUUUUUGAGCCUCUGUCAAAUUAUGAAGUAUCCACCGGGCACAAAGCUUCCUAGCCGCUAAAUGUUCAUGGAGGAUUUUGUAAACUUAACUCAUACCGAUGCCUAACUUGUCCGAAUCUGCUGAUAAGUCACUCUUUUGUCAGUCUCUAUCAUACGCCGCACAACAUUGAUGUUAUCUUCAGUCGUCGCCGUCCCUCACACAGAUCAUCGGUGAGAUUAGUGCGACCACGUUUAAACUCAUUAAACCACUUGUAAACAGUGGCACGAGAUGGGGCUUCAUCGUGAAAGGCCAAUUGAAGUCUAUCAUAACUUUCUUGUUAACUUAAAUGACAUCGAAAGACAUAAAAAAUAUUUUUUCGCGUUAUAUUCAUGCUGACGUGACAGACAAUUUUCAAUUUGCCGCCAAAUAGUAAAGAAAUGAAAAAUUAUUAAAAUACAUACACAAUAAUAUUGGCAGAGUUCCAUUUCCAAAUUUGAACUUAUUUUUUAAUAUAUCGUUUACAAGUGGCCAGUUCUAAAAACUUUCAGUGUCACCCUCGUAAGUCUUAUCAAAGCAUGUUUGGUAGGAUAGAUCUAUUGGGUAGAUCCUUAGAACGAAAGAAAAGGGGCCUUGCUGAUUCAACUUCGCCCAUGUUUAUAUUAAUCUGCGCUACACCUCUGAUUGUAAGCUGUUAUUUAAAAAAAAGUUCCGCUGAGUUUCUUGCUGGUUCUUCCAAGGACAGACAUCUUUUUUUCGAACCAGUGGUAAUUAUACAAAAGAGUGACUUUCAAUAAGUAUUAAUUACAAUCUAUUUUGAAUAAAAGUUUGUUUCUGUAUAAUUAUGAAUAAUAUGCGAGUCACGAACUCAUCCGAACGAUGCACGAUAAUCCACGAACACUGAGUUUCGGCGCCAGCGAAGGUUUGGCAGAUUUUUUGCCGAAACCGAAACUAUUACCGAAACUAGAUUUUUUUGCCGAAACCGAAUCUUCGGUUGGUCUCUAUUUAUAAAUUUCAGUAAGUUAUGUAUUUAUUAUGACAAAAAUAAUUAUUAAACUGUUUAUACUGUUAUAUAUUAGUCUAUUGUAUAUAAACGAAAUAUAAUCAAAUAUGAAAUAAAGAUAGAUCUUUGUCAAUUUAUGGCAUUUGUGAAUCUAAAUAGAAAAUUUUUUGAGACUAGAUUCUUGGGAUGGAUGAACUUUUACAUUCAUACUCAAGUUUAUUGGGAACCCUCACUUUGGUCCGGUUUUUAUUAUUAUUUGAAGUUGUUGUCAGGAAGAUGAUCCUCCUCCAUCUCCUGUUUUCUUUUCCCUCUGUCCCUUUUUACGACAUCUGGUUUUUUCUCUUAUUUAAAAAAAAAUUGGUUUCAGUCCAUACCAAAACCACAUGAGGCAAGAGAAGAGUUUCAAGUCACACCAGUUUAUCAUAUAGAUAUUUGGCCAGUAGAGUGUGACAUAGAACAAGAUUGUAAGGAUGAAAUUUUUAACCUUGAAUCUGUUAAAGUUGAGGAAGAGAAUUUCGAAAAUGAAAAUUCCAACUUUGAAGUAAAUGGGAAUCAUGAAACAGAGACUGCUGAAAAACAAGAAGACUUGGAGAUUGAUGCUUUUGAAGGUAUACAUACGGAUUUGGAAGACGACUUGCCACUAAUUGCACUUGGUUCAAAGACUAUAAAUGAUGACGUUGACAUAGAACAAUACAUCACACCAACAAAUCAUUUUUCAGAACCGUCUGAGAAAAUGAUUAAAUCAAAUUCUACUGACAGCAACAUAUGCGAUGUACGUAAAGAAAACCUCGAUUUGAAAAGCCCUUCUAUUAAAUCAAACCCUAAAAUGAACAAACAUUAUAAACC